AUGCCUAAGAACGCCAUUCUAGGCACUUCCGGCCUCAUUCUCCUUUCCACCUCCAUCCUGUUCAUCUGGUUCAUCAUCCUCCCCGGUGUCACGCACGAUACUCCCUUCAGAAAGACCUACUACCUUCGCGCCGACACCAGUGGCAUCACAGGCGCCCGAGACGUCUCCCAGUGGACAUACUUCUUCAUCUGUGGCCUCGACAAUAACGAUUGCGGAGAUGCUCACCCCGCCAUCCCUUUCGGGUUUGCCUGGGACAGCAAUGCACAGAACGUGCCACCGGGACUUGGUGGAAGCCAUGGCAGCGACACAACGUCGUUCCAUUACUUUUACAUGUGGCGAUUUGGAUGGGUGUUUUUGCUCAUGACGCUCUUCUUUGAGGUCAUGGCCCUCUUCACCGCAUUCUUAUCCUGCUGUGGCCGUCUAGGCGCUGCGCUUGCCUUUGUUGUCUCUGCCAUCGCUCUCUUCUUUUUCACACUCGCCGUUACCAUUAUAACCGCUACUUUCGUUCAAGCUCGCAACCGCUUUCACGAUGUUGGUCGCUCGGCCCAGAUCGGAGCUUACGCCUUUGGUUUUCUCUGGGGUUCAUACGCGGCCCUUCUCUUUGCUACCGUCCUGUUCGCCCUCGGCAUUCGUUCUGACACCAGCUUUGGGUUGAGACGCCGGCGUAGUGAGAAGGGUUCUCGCGGACGCUCUUACGAUGGUCAUCGGGUGAAAGAGGACUACUCGUGA